AUGUCGCCUCGUUUACAGGACAAAGUCGCAAUCGUAACCGGCUCAUCCUCUGGGCUCGGUAGAGCGAUUGCUGUGCGUUACGCAAAAGAAGGCGCAAAGGUAGUCUGUGCUGACCUGACACCAACUGCCCGGUCUGAAGAAGAAGCCGUCAUUACAACACAUGAAUUGAUUUUGAGGAAUGGAGGAAGUGCUAUUUUCGUGCCAACCGAUGUUGGCAAUGCGACGCAGGUUGAAAACCUGGUGACGGCGGCUGUUCAGGCAUAUGGAAGACUUGAUAUUCUAGUCAACAAUGCAGGAAUCAGUAUCGAGGCACGAACCCCAGCCGUGCUUCACUUGACGGAUGAGUCGACAUGGGACACAACGAUGCGCGUCAAUGUCAAGUCUGUGUUCCUCGGUUGCAAGUACGCGCUUGCGCAGAUGCUGGCCCAAGAGCCACAUUCCUCCGGGGAUCGAGGAUGGAUCAUUAACAUCUCGUCAAUUAUGGGAAUGAUUGGGGGUCCGGAGAAUCCAUCUUAUUGUGCGUCAAAGGGGGCUGUAAGCCAACUGACGCGGCAAAUGGCUCUAGAUUAUGCACCGCAUAAGAUCCAUUCAAAUGCAAUUUGCCCUGGAUAUACCCAAACAGCCAUUUUCAAGGAGACGACGAGUUAUUGUACUCCUUGGGACGAUCUCAACCGUCGGCAUCCACUCAAAGGUCCGGGAUUUCCUGAUGAUAUUGCCAAAAUGGCGGUUGUGCUGGCAAGUGACGAUGCCAGUUGGGUGACGGGGGUUUGUUUACCUGUAGAUGGAGGCUAUACUGCUCGAUAA